GUGCAUAAGUGAAGAACGAGGACUCGAGGAGGGCAGUUAUAUCUGUACUUACUUUAGAGUAGAGAAGUAAAAGCGAGAGGAAAAAUGUCCAAGACGAAGCAGCUGUUGUCUCUUCUCUGCCGCAGACUUCUUCCGACUACAUGCUGUUUGGCUCCUUUCUCUGCAAACUCCCAAAUUCCAUCUUUAUCCUCUCACCUUCAAUCUUCUUCUAGGGCUCCUCUACCCCUCGGCCUUGAUUUUUUCCCUAACCCAAAAACUUACCUUCUAAGUUUUUGUUCGCAAUCCGCCGCAAAACUCGAUUCUACACCGAAACGGUGUUGGAACUGCGUCGCCGACGCUCCCAGCUCGACGCCGUUCUUGUAUUGUGAUUCCUGCCGGACCAUUCAGCCUGUUGAUUUAUCCAUCGACUACUUCCAAAUUUUUGGACUAGAGAAAAAGUAUGAAAUUGAGGUUGAUGGAUUAGAACGGAUGUACAAGGAUUGGCAGAAGAAAUUGCAUCCUGACCUUGUUCAUUCAAAAUCGGAGAAAGAGAGAGAAUAUGCUGCUGAACAAUCUGCCCGUGUUAUCGAUGCAUAUCGCACACUUAGCAAGCCGUUGUCUAGGGCGGUAUACAUUUUGAGGCUUGAAGGAGUAGAUGUUGAUGAAGAACAGACAGUUUCAGACCCAGAGUUGCUCACUGAGAUUAUGGAAAUCAGGGAAGCUGUAGAAGAGGCUCCAGAUUCACAAGCUCUAAAUCAGAUUCAGUCUCGGAUGAAGGAGAAAUUGGAAGAAACAUCUGACUCCUUUGAAGAUGCAUUUCGAAGAAGGAAUUUUGAUGAAGCUGUGACUUGUACCCAGAGGAUGACUUACUAUCAGCGUGCAAGUGAAGAAAUUUUAAAGAAGCUUUGAUAGAGGUUCAUGCCGCUCUUGCAAUGUUAUUAUGGGAUUUGCAACCUUAAAGAUUAAGGAGAUGAUAUCAACGGAAGUAUGAUAUGAUUGAACAUCUGGUUGAAGGCUCCUCAAUAAUAUGUAAGUUAAAACACACACAAAGAAAAUAAAAUAUUAAGGGUAGAUCCUGUGUUGUUUAAUUACUAUCAUAU